AUGCGGACCGAGCACGACAAGCAAACAGUUUCUUUCUGCUCCGCCAAAGGGGAGACCACAGCCGGCAGCGGUGCUGGACCAGCCGAGCGCUCAGCCGCCACCGCUGCAGACGGCGCAAGCGGCAGUUCCAGCCGUCUCUCAACUCUACCCAGACCUCGACCUCCCCGCUGCGGAGGGACAAGACAGCCCUCCAGCCUACAGCACUCCGUGGUCAGCAGCUCACACUCCGAAUCGCACCCGAAGAGGCUCUCGGAGGUCCACACUACGAAUAGUGGCCUCGAGAGGCCGGAUGCCAUGGGGGGGCAGAAUCGUAUCACCCCGUGGGAAGCUCACUUGAGGGAUCGCUUCAUCCACGGCAUCAGACCGGAGAUCAGUGAGAUGGUGAAAACAAACUGCAUCGCCUGGGAGUCUGCAAAUCUCGGGAAAGUCGAAGUACCGUCAUGUGUGUGGGCUGAGCACAAAUAUGAUGUGGGUCUAAUCAAAGGAGCAGACCCAAUAGUGGUAAUCCCUAAAUCAUCAUAUAGACCAUGUCAAAAUCAAUAUCCAUUGAAAAAGGAAGCAGUGGAAGGUAUUAAACCAGUCUUUGAAUCUCUUUUAAGGGCUGGGGUGAUAGUUCCAUGUGAAAAAUCUCCUGUUCGAACACCUAUUUUUCCUGUUAGGAAAAUGAAGGAAUCUGGACAACCACAAGGAUGGAGAUUUGUGCAGGACUUGCAAGCAGUUAAUGCUGCAGUACAGGCUCGUGCACCAAAUGUUCCGAAUCCUCAUACUAUUCUUUCACAGGUUCCAUCUGAGAGUAAAUGGUUUUCUGUGGUUGAUUUGUCAAACGCAUUUUUCAGUAUUCCCAUUCACCCCGACAGUCAGUUCUGGUUUGCAUUUUCUUUUGAAGGAAAAAUGUACACAUUUACACGCCUUUGUCAGGGGUAUUGUGAGUCACCCACAAUCUUUAAUGCAGCAUUAAGGGACAAUCUGGAAUCACUGGAUCUACCAGCAGGUAGUGCCCUUUUGCAGUAUGUGGAUGAUUUAAUGAUCUGUUCCCCCACAAAGGAGACAUGUGUACAGGACACAGUGGCGUUACUCAAACAUUUAGCUACAAAUGGUCAUAAAGUUAGUUUGUCUAAAAUGCAAUUUGUUUCGGAAAAAGUUACCUUUCUGGGUCAUAUAAUCACAUCAGAGGGUAAAACCCUCUCAUCCAAACGAAUUGAAGCUAUUCAAACUAUCCCAAAGCCAGAAACAAAGAAACAAGUCAUGAGUUUUUUAGGGAUGACUUCGUAUUGUCGGCAAUGGAUUCCACAUUAUGCUGAAAUAGAGGCACCACUAUCAGCAAUUGUGUAUGGAAAAGGCCUCACUGCAAAUAACAGAGUCACCUGGACAACUGAAGCUGAGAAAGCUUUUGUUGAUUUGAAGUUAGCUAUGCAAUCUCCUCCGACAUUAGGACUACCAGACUGUACCAGGCGCUUUACACAGACUGUGGAUGAAAGAGGCGGGUAUAUGACAUCUGUGCUGCUGCAGGACCAUGGGGGACGACUGAGACCGGUAGCUUAUUUUUCCUCACGACUUGACUCUGUGGCAGCAGGACUCCCAACUUGUCUUAGGGCUGUAGCAGCUGCUGAGAAAGCUGUGAUUGCAUCACGUGAUGUUGUGGGUUAUGCUGAUUUGACGUUACUGGUGCCACAUGCUGUUUCAAUGAUUUUGCUUGAACAAAAAACUUCUCACCUUUCAACAGCUAGAUGGCUCAGAUAUAAUACAGUGUUACUUGAAAUGCCAAACAUCACUAUUAAGAGGUGCACUGUUCUUAACCCCGCUACUCUCCUCCCUACACCAGGUGAUGGAGAGCCACAUGAUUGUGUUGCAGUAAUAACUGAAAUUUGUUCUCCCAGACCAGAUUUACAGGAUGUACCGCUUGUGAAUGCAGACAUGGAGCUGUUCGUGGACGGCUCAGCAUCAAGGGAUCCAGCAACUAGUAGAAACCAAGUGGGUUUUGCAGUAACAACUUUGUAUGAUACAAUCAUAGCUGAACCACUCCCAUCACAGUAUUCUGCACAAGCUGCAGAAUUAGUUGCAUUGACUGAAGCAUGCAAAUAUGCAAGAGACAAGAGUGUCAACAUCUUCACUGAUAGUAGAUACGCAUGGGGUGUGGCACAUGAUUUUGGCAGACUUUGGGCUAAUAGAAAGUUUUUAACCUCUACAGGUAAACCCAUUACACACCAUACCCUGGUUGCUGCUCUUCUUGAUGCUGUGUUGCUACCUAAACUGAUUGCAAUCUGUAAAUGUGAAGCGCAUACUAGGGAACUUGACUCAGUUUCACGGGGAAAUGCAAGAGCAGAUAUUGCUGCAAAGGCUGCAGCGAAACGUAGCCUGCCAGUUAAUGAUGCUUUUGUUUUGGAUGUGCCCGUGACACCUAAUGCUGAUUUACAGGAGCUGCAAGCGAGGGCAACACCAGAGGAGAAGGUUGUUUGGAAGAAAGCAGGCUGUUCUGUUACUGACGGAAUUUGGUGUGGGCCAGAUGGAAAACCUUGUUUACCUAAAUAUCUGUUUCCUUAUUAUGCUAAGUUGAUACACGGUAAAGACCAUGUGUCAAAGGGGGGAAUGCAAGCAGAUAUACAGAAGUAUUGGUUUACAAAAGGAUUUUCAAACUACUCAAAAAAAUUCUGUCAGAAAUGUGUAAUUUGUGCUACGAAUAAUAUUGGUAGAGGAAUCCAUACUGCACAAAGUGCACAUCCAGCACCAAACGAACCAUUUGAUCAUUUACAGAUGGAUUUUAUUGAACUAACACCAAGCGAGGGAAAGAAGUACUGUCUUGUUGUGGUUGACAUGUUUUCCAAAUGGGUAGAGGCUUUUCCCUCAUCGAAACAGGAUUCUUCAGCAGUGGCAAAGGCACUUCUGGGGGAAUUCAUUCCUCGGUGGGGAAUCCCAAGAAAGAUAUCCAGUGAUAAUGGUACUCCAUUUGUAAGCGCAGCUUUAAAGAGUGUUGGUGAGUAUUUGGGUAUCGAUAUGCGACAACAUUGUGCUUACCAUCCUGCUAGUGGAGGAGCAGUGGAAAGAGAAAACGGCACAUUGAAAAACAAACUGGUCAAAUGCUGUGAGGAAACAGGGCUGACAUGGACAAAGGCAUUACCUAUUGUUUUAAUGUACAUGAGAUCUAGAGUGAGAAGUAAGAAUGGUUUGAGUCCUUAUGAGAUUCUCUUUUCACGUCCAAUGGAGACAGGAAUUGGUCCUGUUAAAAGGCAGCUUCCUCAGACCAGUCAAUGUGAAGAUGAAAUGUUGCGAUAUUGUGUAAAUCUUUCCUCUGUUCUCCUUGAUAUCCACAGGCAGGUGAAAGACGCCCUACCAAAAUCCAUAGACGGUGAACUGCAUGAUUUGAAACCAGGAGACUGGAUUGUGGUGAAGGACCUGAGGAGGAAAAGCUGGAGAGCACGCCGGUGGAACGGGCCCUAUCAAGUUCUUCUCACCACGCAGACGGCAGUGAAGGUCGCAGAGAGGGCAACCUGGGUACAUGCAAGCCAUUGCAAGAGGGUACCUGAGCCAGGAGAGGAUUCUUCAGGACAGAACGUGCGUUGAUGUCAGCAGGUGGUGUUUCCAGCCUUCGAUUGUUUCAUGCCCGCAAGGAAAGGGGUGUGGAAACCAUUAGAGUUACAAGUCUCUAAAAUUCAGUGACACACUGAUUAAGAGGGUUGCAAGAGGAACACUGCUGAUACUCAAUGGCGCCGACGGACAAACAGUGGCAUCUGAUGGGGCGGGCGGUGCGCAGUUGGAAGGAAGGGAAGUGCUCCCUGUUCUUGCUGACUGUCAUCUUCGUCCUACCACUGCUGCUGUGGAAAACAAGCCAAAACAACUCGAGCAUAAAAGAAAUAACCAAAAGAGAACUUUCGUUUGACCCCUAUGAUGAACAGAUAAAACCUGAAAAUAAUGCAUGGUAUGAGACCAUGAAGGUAAUCGCUAGAAAAAUCACUAAUGAGAGCUGUUAUGUCUGUGCACAACUUCCUCAUGGUGUGGGUACUACUCUCCCACUUAAGACCAUCCCACUAAACACCUCAGAGACAUUAGGAGUACUGAUAGCUUUCACUCAGGGGCUUUCACUAAAGAACAGGACUGUG